AUGGCUCCAAAAAGGAAAUUGUCCAAAUCUGAUGUGGAAGGAGAAAAUCUGAUGGAAAAGUUACCAAGUAUGUAAAGCAAGAAUCUUUCCUGUCAUCUGGCCCAGUAUACCUGAAGUGUCUCUACCCCCAUCCUUCAGCCUUCUGGCGGUUCCCUCACUACAAGAAGUGAUGUUACAGGGAGCUAGACAGAGAGCCUUCUCGGUAGUGGCACCCGCCCUGUGGAACACCCUCACACCAGAGGUCAAGGAAAUAAACAACUAUCUGACUUUCUGAAGGCAGCCCUGUUUAGGGAAGUUUUUAAUGUUUUAUGUUUUAUCAUGUUUUUAAUAUUCUGUUGGGAGCUGCCCACAGUGGCUGGGGAAACCCAGGCAGAUGGGCGGGGUAUAAAUAAUUUAUUAUUAUUAUUAUUAUUAUUAGGCAGAGAACAUGCCUUCCUUUUUAGUAAUGCCCAAUGCAACAACAAAAGUAUUCACAGAGCUGAUCUCAGUGCUGUUUUCUCCCCAGCCCUGGAAUACUUUUUUCUCCAUGGUUAUGAGCACUGAAUACAGUGGUACCUCGGAAGUUGAAUGGAAUCCGUUCCGGAAGUCCGUUCAACUUCCAAAAUGUCCGCAAACCAAGGUGCAGCUCCUGCAGCCAAUCAGAAGCCGCGGAAGUCAUGUCAGACAUUCGGGUUCCAAAGAACGUUCGCAAACCAGAACACUCACUUCCGGGUUUGCAGCAUUCGGGAGCCAAAACAUUUAACUUGCAAGGCAUUUGGGAUCCAAGGUACCAUUGUAUAUAAUUUCACUGUAAGCUCAUUGAGAAAAAUUACAAAGGAGAGAAUUCUUUAUAUAUCAUAAAAUGAAAAUAAUAUUCCACAAGUGUGAUAAUCUUGCUUUGUUUAAGUAAUGACAUACAGGAUUGCUGAUGGGGACUUAAAUUAUGCUCCUACAUUUUAUGCAGAGUCUAUACAUAUUUUUGCCACGGUGAAUGUUCCAUCUUCAGCAGAAUGCUAGCUUCACUCCUGAGUUAGAGGCUGUGGAAUUGCAUUGUGCUCUUGGAAGCACUAUGUGAUAGUCUGGAACUAGAAAAAGCAUCAGGGAUAUUUUCAGAAGUCACACUGUACCUAAUGGGUCUCAUAACAGUAGGGACAGUCCUGCUGUUCCCAGCUAUCCUGCUCUUCCCAGCUUGAGGGAAGACCUGAGUAGUACUGUUCCUCUAAAGAAUUCAUGAGUGUUUUGGAACUGUGGUGUAACUGAGAACAAUUUCUCAAUCUCUCCUUAUAUUCCACACUCGAGAGGGGGGCUGGGGCUUGUCUGUGUCUCAUUAAACCUCCAAGUAUUUGGAGCGCCUGUGUUUUUGGAUAUGAUCCAUGUUUCCCUCUCCAGCUUGAGAAAAGGGCUGUACUGUUGUACUGUUUUUUGGAGGUAGUCUUGGUACAUCAGAAGCACAGUAGGAUAGAGAUAUGCUUCAUCCUUCAUCCUGAGCUUGGAGAUGGGAAUUGUUCCUGAUUUGUACACCAGACACUGGUGAAGUACAACAUAAGGUCAGGGACAAGACAACAUGCAUCCUUUAUUGGCAACAAGUCUUGGCUGGCUCUUGUGGUGUAUAUAAUAUUCCAUAAUUCUAAUCUGAGGGUUUCAGAGGACAGUCCUACUUUAGUAGCCCCAGUGAUUUCAUCUUAACUCUCUUCAAUGUCCAGUAAUUUUAGGACUGGGAUUGCAAUCCACAAACCACUUACUCAAGUGCUUUGUUAGUUGCACCCUUUAUACUAGGGAUGGGAAAUUUGUGGCCCUCUAAAUAUUGUUAGACUCCAACUCCCAUUAGCCUCAGCCAACAUGGCCAAUGGUAAGGGAUGCUGGGAAUUAGUCCAAAUAACAUCAGGAGGGUCACAGGUUCCCUAACUUUGCUUUAUAUCAUCCUUCCUCUAUUGUAAGAUUUCCCAGUGAACCAGUGGUCAGGGAUGGUGGGAAUUGUAGUUCAAAAACAGCUGGAGACCCAGUUUUGGGAAACCCUGCUCUAUUGUAUGUAUCUCCUACACUCUCUUAGAAGGUUGUUCUAGCUUAGGAUAUAUAGCCCUUGGGUUCAUCUUCCAAGGGACCUCAAACUUUAUACAAACUUCAUGAUUUAAAGGUUGAUUUUUUUUUUCAUUUAUUUGUAUUGAGGUAUGUGACUCUCAAAUAUGACGUUCAUUUAUCUUACGCUAGUAACUUUUCCAUCUUAGAAACAAAGAAAUCUUGCACGCUUGGUAAGAACAGAUCCAUUCCCAAAGAUGGAGUUGUAGAGAACAACAAUGUUUUUGGGCAGCUCCUCAAGAUAGGAGGAAUUAUACUGAAAGCUGGAGAACGACAGAAUGAAAUAGGUAUAUACUUUCAUGACAUUCUUAGCAGUAAUUCUAAAAGGAAAUUAAAGUGUAAAACAUUUACCUGCUAGUUUUCUGCUACUUUGCACAACUGUUAAAAAUAGAGGAGCUCUGCUAGAAAUGUAUUUAUUUAAUUUUACCUUUUUAGCAUUCUAGCCUCACUACCUCUAUGCCAGGGAAAGUUCUGCCAGGUGGAUUUCUGUCUGUCACGUGGCAGUUAGUGGGAAGGGCAGAAGGUGGCAGAUUCAGACUAUUAUGACAUGAACAUGACAGUGUUUGUUCUUCUUGGCACUUUUUCCAUAGCUGUGGAUGGAGCAAUUUUCCAGAAGAAGUUGCAUCAAGCAUUGAAGAAGCACCCUUCUCAACCACAAGUAUGAACUGGCAUUAUUUCAUGUCUUUGAAAUUGAAGUGGGCCUGUAUUGAUUCUAACACCCAAAGCUCUCUGUCUCUGUCCAUCUCUUUCUGUCUCUCUCCUGACAAACACAAAUUAAAAUCUCUUUUUCAGUCCACUUCUCUUAUUCUUUACCUUGCAUUUUAAAUAUAUGAAUUAAAUAAAAACAGAACACAAGAGGAAAAUAGGAGAUCUCCAUAAUCAAUACAGAGUUCUUGCUUAUGAUUUGCUGCUGACAGAUCUGGAAGAAGUAUGAAACUGGUCACUGGAUUUUUUCAUUAAAAAGUAACAAUUUACAAAUUACAGUUUUAUGCAUCCCACACAAAGAUCAAGAACAGGCAUUGUGUAAACAGUAGGCUUUCACUGCUUGAUUUGCACAUUCAUGCAUUUGAAACAGUAGGGAAAAUUGUUCGGCCUUCAUUUUCUCUCUCUCCUUCCCUCCAUCCUGUCUAGAUUGGUGAGGAGUUCAUCAGUGGCUUGGAAUCCCACAUAGAAAACAGAGAUCACUUCAGGAAUUGUCUUCUACCAUGCAUACCCACACAAAGUCAGGAAACAAGGUCAAUGAAAAACCUCAUUUGUUUUCUCCCUGCAAGUUGCCAUGUGAAUGGUUUAAUACUUGCAGUAUGUUACCAUGACAGUGUAGUAAAUGACUACCUGUAUAUACUCCAAUCUGCCUCUGGACUGCAACUGGAGGUGUUUUUUUAAUGUGUGUUUUUUUUAAAAGAAACAAACUUAAUUCUGUUGUAAUAUACACCUUUUAAAGGUCAAGCUCUAAACAACAACAAAAGAGAAGGUACUUGGGGUUAAACUAAUUUAUUACAUGUGUGUCCCUUUGUCUAAGGAGCUCAAAGUGGGGUAGGGAGCGCCUAUCACAAAUACAGUAUAUUGUUUUAAACCCAGGUACUCACAUGAUGCCUUUUUCUAAUAAGAAUAGCAAAGUGUCUCUCUCCAUUACAGUAAUGCAAUCCAUUCAUAUUGUGAAAGCCUCAUUAAACUGCUCCUUGGCAUUGAGAUAUUACAGGUAAGAUCGCUUUUCCAUGCAGUUCUCCCAACCAUCUCCCAGCUUCCUAUUAUUUAUUUAUUUAUUGCAUUUUAUAUCCCAACCUUUUCAGAUUGGCAUAGGGGGGGAAACACACCAAGACUGUUCUUGCUCUACAAGCUCACAAACUAAAAAGGCAUAAGGGAAAAGGAAUGGGAGGGAGGAGGGAAAAGCAACCUUAAGCACAAGUUCCCAAAGUUAAAACCAAUAUGAGUUACAGUUCUGGCUUGCCCUGACAAAAAGCAAUCCCACUCCCUCUACACCCCCCCCCACCCCCACCCCCCGUGGUUCCCCUGGCCCUCUGGAGUAGAUGUGGAGAAGCACAGAAUGGGGAAGGUCCUAUUGCGCAAGCGCUGAAUACUGCUCAAUAGCUUUAUUUACCAAGAAUUAGUGCUCUGGGGAAGUUUUACUGCAGUGCUUCAUAGCAGAGAACUCUUCUUCAACAGUGGAUAAUGGGGUUUGGGUCUGCAGUGUUGUGUACACAGUGUGCUACCUCAUUGUAAAUGUAAUUUCUCAAAAUGCCUUUUUCUUUUUGGAAGCCUGCUGUUAUAAGACUGCUAUUUGAAAAACUCCCCGAAUUUUUUCACGAAAGGCAAGUACUCCACUACUUUAACUUGAAAUGUUGACUGCUCUGCAUUUUCCAUCUGCUUCUCCUCAACCGCUUGUUGAAAUCCUCAAAACUUGAUCUCGUUAGCAUGCAUGAAAGAUUUUAAAAAUUCUUUGCCACUCAUGCCCUAUACUCAUUUAAGGUUCAGGAACUUGGACAAAUUUGUGGUCCUCAAGAUGUUGUUGAACCUUAACUCCCAUCAGCCCUGACCAGCAUGGCCAAUAGUCAGGAAUGAUGGGGGUUGGAAUCCAACAACAUCUGGAGAGCCAAAGGUUAGUAGUCACCCUGCUAUAGAGGACUGAAAUUUAAGCUUUUACUGUGUGUUCUUUUCUGCUGUACAAAGCAAGUUUUAGAUGGCAGAGUAAAUGAAUGGAUUACAGUGAGCUUUCACUUCCUGGUGCAACUAGACUUCUCUGCGACCCUUCCUCUCCACAGGGAAGUGGGACCAAUUUGGAUGCUCCUACCCCACCACUUAAUGGAUCCAAAUGGUUUCCAGAGCGUGGUAAGGGAUAUUUUAUCCCAUGCUGAUGGCCUUUUAGCUGAUUCCUUGGUGGCCCGCUCUGGUCAUCUCCUGCUUUCACUACUGCAAUGUGCUCUAGGUGGGGCUACCUUUGAAGGUGACCCAGAAACUACAACUAAUCCAGAAUGCGGCAGCAGCUUGGCUGUGACAAACGAAGUUACAGGGAACCAGGCAGAGGGCCUUCUCGGUGGUGGCACCCUCCCUGUCGAACACCCUCCCUUCAUAUGUCAGGGAGAUAAAGAAUUGUAAAAUUUUUAGAAGAAAUCUGAAGGAAGCCCUGUAUUGGGAGGUUUUUUAAUGCUUGAUUUUUUAUUUUGUUUUUAGAUAUGCUAUAAGCUGCCCAGAGUGACUGGGGAAACCCAGCCAGUUGGGCGGGGUAUAAAUAAAAUUCAUUUUAUUUUAUUUUAUUUUAUUUUAUUUUAUUUUAUUUUAUUUAUUAUUACCUACUUUGCUGUUGAUCCUGAGGCUGGGUUUCUUGUCUGAAAACUAGUAUGUAUUGCACUUCCUCAAGUGGCUCAUAUACAGGAUGGCAUGGCAUAUUUAUUUUCAACAGAAUUUGUUAAAAGAAACUAUAGUUCUAAAUAAAUUGGAUUUCGAAAUGCUUCUAGAGAGGAUGGAGAGCAGUCUUCCAUAGCUGCAUCUGGAAGUGACUUCAGAAAGAAGGGUUUCUCAGUAAUAAAAAGGAACUAGGGCUUAUGUUUUAUCUCUUCUGAUCUUUCAGUGUGGGCAGUGAUGGACUCAAUUUGCCUCGGCUCAUUGUCAAUCAGUUAAAAUGGCUUGACAGGAUAGCUGACAGCAAGGCAAGUACCACCAAUGCAAUCAAUUAUGUUUCUCAUGGGGUAUUGUUUAACAUUCAGUGAGCACUAGCAACAUGCUAGUUAGAUGUUGGUUUCUUUAACACAGAGAUGGGAAACUUUUUUGAAUUCAUGGACCAGAUCUUUAUCAGAUCCUAACCUUGUAGGCCAAAUUUGAUAGGUGGGUAGGAUUGUUCACCUGUCAAUCAUCUGACAUCACAAUGGCAUCAGGAGCUUGGGUGCUUUGAAGUCCCAAAGUUGGGAUUUCGAAGAACUGUGCAGGACCUAAGAAGAGCCCUGCAAAAUUCUUUAAAACUCUUACUACACCCCGCGUACCAAAGACUCUGCAUCGGUGAGUUGGGAGAGGUGGAGGACAUUCAACACAAUUUGUUGCAAUGCCCUUUAUGUACAUCCCCUAGACUAAAAUUCCUCAAUUACAUCCUUUGCUCUUUCUCCAACCAACUUCCCCUUGAGCAAAUCUCUAUUUUGCUGGCUGGCAAUAAUGUAUUUAUUACUGCACAGGUUGCAAAAUUUGCCUUGGCUGCAAGUAGGUUGAGAGCUAGGCACCAAGACAAGUAUAAGGGGAGUGUGAGAAGUGGAGUGCUUAACUUAUGCAUGUAUGAUUUUUGUAUGUUUGCUUUGCUGUUGUUGCUGUUCAGUUUUAAAUUAAUUAUUUGUAUUUUACGCAUUGUGGCCAAUUGUGGCGGCUUAUAGCUUUUAGCAAUAAAGAUUUCAUUCAUUUAAAACUCUUAAGGCUUCAGCUUUAUCACAUAUCAGUUUCUGUGUUCAUGACUAGUUUCUACAGCAGAUUUGGGCACUUUCAUAUCUUGCUAUGUACAUAAGACAGGGCAUUCUAAUUGUACCCACUGAUGAAUCCAUAAACAGUGCCUCUGAGGCUAAGCAUUAGGUUUGGGCAGGUACGUAUGAGUGCAGGUGAUCUUUCGAGUAGCUCCAUCCCAGGGCUUUAGCAACCAUAACCAGCAUUUUUAAUUGGGUCUGGAAAUGAACUGAGAUAUUGUGGGGACAAAAGAGAUAAGCAUUUAAAAAUAUUUGCAUGCUAAGAAACUACAAAUAAUAUAUGUCUGAUAAAUAAACCAAUCACUUAGCUUCCAUUCUGGAUGCAUAUAUGUAGCAUACAUUUGUUGGCUUCUCUGUGUUUAAGCUGUCAUCAUUAAGGAAAUGUCCUUUUUCUGAGUUCCUGGUGUUCUAAAGCUUUUGUUCAUCUGCAGGAUCUUGUUCAGAAACUCAUGCAGAUGAUUUGUGUUUCUCCUCCACCAAUCCAACACGACAUAAUCACAAGCCUGCCAGAAAUCCUGGAGGAUUCUCAGCAUAGUGAAAUUGCCAGAGAGCUUAGGUAAGCUUGAUGCUGCCAUGUUCUCUUUUUACUCUCUCUAUAAUUUUCUGUUAGCUGUUUCUGGUGCCUUAGCUGAAGAUACCUUCUGACUAGGCAUAAGGUGAAAAGAAGUGAAUUUAGAGUGCAUCCAGACAAGAGUGACCAGGACUCGCAUUAGGUUUGUGGUCCAUUAAGACCCCUAAUCAUUUUCACAUGUACUACUGGUAAGCUAGGUGUCCCCCCAUUUUAUAUUUGUACGGCUGGUUAUUCCUGCCUUAAUGCAGAACCUUACGUUUGUCCCUAUAGAAAUUCAUUUGGUUAAUUUUGGCCCAGUUGUCCAAUCUGUUAAGGUCAAAUUGAAUCCCGAUUCUGUCUUCUAUGGCAUAGCUACCCCUCCCAGUUUGAUGUCAUCUGCAUGUUUGAUUAUCAUCCCCUCAAUUCCUGCAUCCAAACCUUGGCAUUCAAGAGACUGCAACCACAAUUGUAAGACACUUCUGUGUCUCAGUUCAUUUUAAAGGGGUGUGUGUGUGUGUGUGUGUGUGUGUGUGUGUGUGUUUAAUUCCAGUUUCAAAAGAGUUCUGAGAGGGAAGGGCAUUGAGUUGCCUAGAAUUAAUAUAAGGAGCCUUUAAAGCAUGAACUCUGCACAUAGUAUUUUCUCCAUGCCAAUCUGAUUAUUCACAAGAACUGAUGGUGGCAUCAUAAUCCUUAAGGCUAUAUUUCUUAAUUCAUUGCUGCUGCUGCUGCUGCUGCUGCUGCUGCUGCAUUCACUGUGGUCUUCAUCUGAUGCACUGACAGUCUGAGCUUUUCAAGUGCUCCAUAAAAAAGCAAUAUUUCAGCAGAACCCCACCCCCUCCUCUUCCUCUUCUUAUAAUACGUGGAUAAAACCAGAAGGCCACAAAAUUCAAACAAAGUUUUUAUUGAACAAGGUCAGCUGAUCCUGAUGCAUUUCAACUAAUUAGUCUUCAGGGUAGAAAACUGCACCACACUUCAACAUUCUCAUAUAAGGUCAUAUAUAUAUAUAUAUAUUUGUCACAGGCUGCUUCCUUCCAUAUUUGGGCAUUUACUGUGGAAGAGCCAUGCUUUGUUCACUUUUAAUAGAGCAUCUUCAUAGUAUCAUAAUCAAAACAGCUUCCUCCCAUGUUUUCCCUUUUCAGCUUCUGUUCCUCUCUCCCAGAAAAUCCACUGUGCUUUGUUUAUUUAAUACAAUGGAACAGCUGCAUAAUUUCUCUUAAGUGUAGAUGAACCAUUGUCUAAUAUCUGUUUCUCCCCACACUCCUUAAUUGCAGAGUGGGGAAGAUCAUGACUGGGUGUGCAGCCGGGGUGUGUGUCAUUAUUUAGCCUAAUCCCUAAUACGAUGAUCUCAAUUAAGAUACCCGCUCCUCCUCGCCCACUACAGAACGUUAUCUAGAUUCCUGAAAUAUCAAAGCAGGGUUGCUAUUCCAUUUACAGUUUAAAGGAAACAAGAAUGAUUAAAUCAUCCACAUCUGGAAGCACCCACAGUUCAAAAUGGAUAUUUUGUGUUUUAUAUUUUAUUUUCUUGUUUUGAUUGUAUAUUUUAAAAUCUUUUGUAAACCCUUUUGUGUAUCCUUGAUUGAAAAAGAAAGACAGCAAACAUGGGCAAGUUAUACAUUGUAGAGAUAAUCAAGAAAUCAUUCAUAAACUUUUAUUGUAGCAGCGUACAAAACCGUCUUUGUACAAAUUGAUACUGGAUGGACUGUAAUCCACUAUUGCAGUUUGGGAAUUUUGCUAGAUCUUAAAAGGUCAUUUUGUUGUCCUGCGUUUCAGUUCGUUAUUAAAGGAGAAGACUGAGCUGUCUGUUCCAAUCCUUGAUGCCCUUUCCAGUUUGAAUCUAGAUGUGGGACUUCUGUCUGAGGUAGGGAGCCCUGUAUGGGCACACAAGCAAGAUAUAAGUGUUGCUUAAAGUCAUGAUAUAGGUGAGACUAGGUACUCUUUGUACAUAAAUAUGUACAAGCAUUCAGGGAGAGCAUAGGAGAGUUAGAAAUUAUAGGAAUUAGGUUUGCCAAGGCUGGAAGUAAUGCAUUUUCAGAUCUGAAAAAUCCUCAUUAACUAUAGCACGUGGAUCCCAGAUUUGGAUAGCAGACACAUUAACAUGCAGUCUUGGUGGCUGCUCUGUAAUUAUGAAAUCCUUUCCCUCUGGAGGCUCCCCUAAGCUUGUUCCUGAUCACUUUCUGGAAGUUCUGAGUGACUUAAAAUAUAGGGUAGUGCUUGGUGGUCAUUUUUUAUUUGAGCCUUCAGGAUUCUAGUAUAUUCUCAGCCUGUGUGAAUUUUCCACUAACAACUCCUGAGAACCCUAAUAAUGAGGUAAGCAAGAACUAUAAAUAAAUGCUGCACUUUCCCCUGCUCCUACAGCUGAAAAAUCUCCUGCUCUCAACCUAGGUGCGCCAAUCUGUUAUGAUCACAGUCAGUGCCGUAAAAGUGGAAGAUUUGCCUGUAGUAGUUAAAUUUAUUCUCCGUUCCGUCAAGGCCACAGAUGCAACAGAGGUAAAGUGUCCGCUAUUAAAGCUGAAAAGUAUACUCUUUAGGAAUACAGAGAUGACUUUGUUGGGAUAAGCACUCAAACAUUUGUUUUCUUUCUACGUGUGAACAAGAUGAGCCAGCACACACCUCUGAAACUAAUGUUAUAAGUUCAUGAUUUCCAAUUGCUUUAAAUCCUUUUUAUCUUUUUACCUAGGCAGAUAAGAGUAUCAUUUGGCUAAAGAUUUUCAUCUUUUAAGCAGGCGCAUGACUCUUAAAGAAGUGUGACCCCUUUCUCCGUGCUAAAUGCUUGCUUGGCAUAUAGCAGUCAAAAACUGAAUUAUGGCUCACAGGGCAGCAAAAGACAAUUCUUCACUUGCUGCAGACAAAGGGUUAAAACCAAACUUUUUUUUAAUGGGAAUAAUUUCUUCCUUUUUUUUAUUGCUCAUUCAGCAUUCCUUUCCAUAAAAGGAAGUAGAACUAGGUUUGCCUUUUUAAAAACUAUUUUAAAUAUGAUAGUUUAAAAAAAAUCCACUUUUCAGUCCAAAAACAAUGUUAAGCUUUUGUUUAGUUGAUGAUUCUGUAUAAAUUAUAAAAAGUAUUUUUUCAGGCUCCUUCCUUGACAUUUACCCCAUUUACACUUUUUUUCUCCUACUCCACAAUCACUGUCUUAAAAUAUAUGACCAUGAAUGUUUGUGUGUAUUUCUGAGUAAUAGCUGCAGAAACCUAUGCACUGUGUUAUGCAGGUAAUUUCUGACCUUCGUAGGAAGUUGGACCUGGACUCGUGUGUUUCACUUCCACUGAUUCAUGUUUCUCAGACCAAGUUCAGGAGCCAGACUUGGACAAGGUUUGUGUGUUGACAUUCAGCUUCACCCAAAGACUUGCAGUCUCCGUGCAUGAGCAGUUAGGAUGAGGCAAAAUCAUAGCCUCAGCGAAACAUAGCAAAGAAAAUAUUACAUCAGGUUUCUGGUGCCUUUGUUUGCAUGGAUGGGAUUGCAACAUUUCAUCUCCUUUUGAACGUGUUCACUUUGAAAUCUCACUAUUUAAUUGUUCUCUCCCUUUCAGCUAAAACAGCAUCACCAUCACAGCUCUAUAUUUAUCUAUGCUCAUCUCCCCUGGUGGGGUUUUUUUCUUUUUUUGGUAGUACACGUACACAUACACACAAAACUAAGAAUUCCCACCUGAUCCUUUAAGAAGAACAUACAGAUUCCACAGCUUAUCUGCCACAGGGAGGUUUUCUUCUUAAAGAUCAUAUAAAUCUUUGGACAGAUCUAAGAGUCCCCUACGGGGGUAGGAAAUGUUCCAUAUGACAAGGGUAAUGGGUAGAAAGGGGUUGUGGGGUGUGUCCCCAACACAUGGAGAGCCUUUCCACCAACAGCAACUGCCAACUAUCUGAUAGAGGUUUGACAGUUCUUCACACCGUGAGGGUGAUUGAUACAAUGAGGGGACCCAAGACCUCAGUGUGCACUUGGACAAUCCUAAGCAUUCCCUGGCAUGGCUGGUGUGUUAACUGUUGCAUCUCCUCCAGCUGUUACCCUCCUUUGCCAUUUAUUUGCCUUAGAUGGUACUGCUGCUUUGUGCAGUUAUCACUGCUGCCUUCAUUUUAGUGCGUUCCCACUUUCUCGCUCCCUUUCAGUGCUGCUGUGCCUUAUACCUGCCAAUGCAUUCUUUUGUGGGUGGCAAUUUAGCCACCAAAGUUAGACUUUACCUGCUUAGCUGCUUUUGUGGUUAAGAUGACGGGCUGCCUACCCAUCUUGUGCUUCUUUUCAGUCUGUCUGCAAACCAACUGUGUGUCAACCAGGACUGCGUCAAGCUUCUUUUUGAAGUUAUAAAGUCUGCUGUUAAAUUCCAGAAGACCAUUUCAGAAGGCUGGAUUAAGGUCAGGGUGUAUUUUCUCUGUGGGUAUGCACUUUUGCCAAGUUGUUCUUUCUUUCAGAUGCAGUUCUAUAAAAAAUAUGUACUUCAGAUUUUUAUUUAAAGAUCCUGUUAAAAUCUAUUUCCUUUUCAGUAAGGAAAUUAUAUGUGAAUGAUAGAAUCAUCACAGAACGGCUAUGCUGUUGAAUUCAGACUUUGAGUCCUAUUUGAGAAAAUCAAAACAGAACAGAAUAGAAUCACAGAGUUGGGAGGAAUCUUUUGAGGACAUCCAGUCCAGAUUCUGCAAUGUAGGGUGUAACAUACAAUCAUAGUCAUUGAGGAAGAAACAGGAAAGGAAAACACUUGAUAGAGCAUAACCAUAUGUAGUAAUGAACAUGGGCAGUGGAGAUGGACAGGCACAUGCGUGGGUAGUCUAAUGACCAGCAUACACUCCUGGGAAGGGACAGCUAACCAUGAGCUAUCCCUAUUCAACACCAUCUCUUUAUGAUGUAAUCCUCUCAUUGUGCUCUGAAGCCUUUCUAUCUCCCUGCUGCCAAUGCAGGCCGUCUUAAGCGGCAAUCCAAUACCCACUCAUGGGGAGCAAGCCCCACUGAAAGUGGGACCUGCCUCUGAGUGGACAUGUAUAAGAUUGUGCUGUUAAGGAGGCUUCCUUAACUCUUCCUCAUCUGGUGCCUGAGUUCCAACCUGAGUUUGUAACUUUGGCAGUAUAACAUCUGGCUGCCUGGAAUUACUGCUAGGAAUGCAGAAUGACUGGGAGUAAAUUCCUUUCCAAACUUAUUAACUAAUAGUCAAAAGAAGAUAAAAUAACACAAUAAUCCAGGAAGAUGCAGAUAAUAGAAUCAUAGAAUUGAGCUGAGUGGGGAUUUGAACCGUGGUCUCCCAGGUCCUAGUCCAACACUCCAACCACUACACCACCAGAACAGAGGCUUAUAUUCCUGAAAUGGGAUGAAUGUCUCUUUUCAGUAUUUGAUGGUGAGCCCUAAUAAGUUCCAGGAGCAUUUUGACUCAUGUGGCAGAAGUGCCCAGGUGUGUUUCUCCUCCCCAUUCCUAUAGCACAACCUUUGUCCUAAGACUGUGGUAGAAGAUAUGUACAGUGGUACCUCGGGUUACAUACGCUUCAGGUUACAGAUGCCGCUAACCCAGAAAUAGUACCUCGGGUUAAGAACUUUGCUUCAGGAUGAGAACAGAAAUUAUGCAGUGGCGGCGGGGGGAGGCCCCAUUAGCUAAAGUGGUGCUUCAGGUUUAGAACAGUUUCAGGUUAAGAACGGACCUCCAGAACGAAUUAAGUACUUAACCAGAGGUACCACUGCAUUAGGAAGGUUCCAAUAGGUUUACACUAAUAAUAAUAAUAAUAAUAAUAAUAAUAAUAAUAAUAAUAAUUUAUUAUUUGUACCCCACCCAUCUGACUCUGUUGCCAACCCAGCCACUCUGGGUGGAUUCCAGCAUAUAUAAAAACACAGCAAAUUAUUAAAUCUUUAAAAGGCUUCCCUAUACAGGGCUGCCUUCAGAUGUUUCCUAAAUGUUAUAUAAUUACUCAUCUCCUUAACAUUUGAUGGGAGGGCAUUCCACAGGAUGGGCACCACUACUGAGAAGGCCCUCUACCUAUGUCUGACUUGUGCAUGAUUUCAUGUGAUCCCAGCAAUCAGCUGGAAAUAUGUGUUUAGUCUCUUGUGUAGGGUGGUUAUUUGUUCAGCAUUGGCAACUGUCUUUUCCGCUUCUGUUCUAGGCCAUUGAAAGUGUUGCUUCUGCCUCUGACCAUAAGGUAAUAUCUUAGAUUCUGCAGUAGCUGUUCUCUACCUAUAAUUAUUUUUUUAGGGAUGUUAAUUGAAGGGGGGAACUUUUUUUAAAAAUUUCCCAGCAGCAAUUACAUUAAUUUGGAAUAGUGUGAAGUUGUCACUUGUGUAGUAAGAGGACAUCUUGAAACUGACCUUUACCUUCUUUCACUGCAUUUCUAACACACCUGAGUUACCUUUCUAGCUCAAUAUUUGUAGCAAAUCUAUCUCUUCACUCAAAGCCAUUAGAAGUCAGGUCAAGAGCCAAACUUCUUUUCAUCCAUCCUCUAAACUGAGAGAUCUCAAUCUCUGGCCUGCUUGUCGAUAUGACAGAAAAUUGUUCCAUUCUUUGGCCAAGAUACUAGAAUUCUGUUUUAGAGUCUUGUCAGAUUCUGCUUUUAGACACUGCCUUCAGUGUAUGCACAUUUAUAUUUGAUUUACAUAAGUACAAAAAGGAGUUGUUUUCAGAAUUUGGAUUCACUUUCUCCCCUCCGUGUAUUUGUGCUAUGGAAGAAAUUCUUAUCAGAAAGUAGAUGAGGACUAGGAAUGAAUUUUCACUGAAACCUUAGUUUAUUGUAAACACUGGCUGGGCCUUCCAAUCUUUCUUCUGAAUCAUGAACACUAGGAACGUGUCAUUUUAAAAGCAAAACUAAAGAGACGUUUUUCAGAAUGCUAUAUAAAAUUACCACAGGUUCUGCCAAGUGAGCUGUCUAGAUCCAUUGUCUGGUCUGAUCCUUAUUCUUCUAACUUGUUUGGUUGUUAACCUUUGUUAAUUGUUUUACUUGCCAAAAGGUUCUGGAUCUGAUAAUGCUGUUAGUAAUCUAUGCUACAAAUGGCAAGAACAAGAAGCAGAUUGAGAGAGUGCUGAAAAACAAGAUUCAAUCAGGCUGCGUAAGAGAGCAGUUGCUGCGCAAUGCCUUCCGUUACUACUUAAUGGUGAGUACUUCUGCUGCUGUGUGAUCCAGCAUGCUGACAGUCUUUCCCCCAUUCCAUCCUCCGUCCUAAAAUCUGCAUGACUAUUUAUUGGUUUGCAUACAGACCUUGCUUAUUUUAUCCACAUGGCUGUGUACACAGGUACAGAUCUGCAUGGAGAGACAUUAAAGUAAAACAGGCAGAGAUGGUUACAGCUUUUCCUGCAAUCAUGGUGGUUUCAACUGCAGAAAUGGCUGCUGGCUGCCUCUGCAUGCUGCCUGAUUUAUUCUGAAGAUAACAAGACUUGUAUGUGUGAACUGGCUCUAGGAUUCAGGGUGUUACUGGCUCCUACAAAGAUAUGCUCCCUGAACAUGUCCUUCUUUACGUCUGGAAACUGUCAACAGGAGACAUCCUCAUACGUACACUUCCUAAAGCCGGCUGGAGUAAAACUUCCUUCUGGCAGAACUAGGCAGCGUUGGUGGCUUCUAUCCCCUCAGAAGCCUCCUUAUUGCUUGCCUCAUUGUCUUAUUGAUUUACAAUGUAAUUUUAGAAAUGUCAGUCUGUCUGGCAAAUCUGUAUGAAUUGCUCCAGUAUUUUGUUAGCUCAUCUUUGUGAGAUGUUGAAGUGUUUCCUGUAAUCAUUGCCAAUCUUUUCAGGACAGUAAAAUAUAAAAAAAAACCUUAACUUGGAGUAAGAUAGACAAUUGGAAAGAUAGUAGAGGUAUGUAUCAGAAUCUCCCUUUUUUCUGUCUUUAUCUAGGUUAUGAGAGACCUCUUUCCAGCUGUCCUGUCACUGGCUGAGAUCUUUGUACACUCGGCAGAUCCCUGCAUUGUCUCUUUUGGCUGCUGUAUGUACAAGCAAGCAUUCACAGUCUUUGACUCUUAUUGCCAGCAGGUAUAGUUCCAUUCUCUGUUUGGUGAAGUGUGUGUGUGUUGUUGCCUUGUAGCAAUUGACAGCUACUGGUUCUAAUGUAGUGGGGGGCAGAAUGCCAUGGAUCAUAGAAGACAACCAGUUUGCAUCAAGUUUCCUGUUUUGUAGCCAGGCCUGUGCCAGUGAUAGGUGAGAUAGGGCACUGGCCAAAGGCCCUUUUCUGGCCACAGCACUAUUAGCCACCCUGCAGCUACCAGGGCUGGGCCAUGUUCUGGUGGGUGGGAAAUAUUUAAUUCCUCACAUUAAACACCACUGAGAGGGAGGGAAUAGUUCAGCAUAUUAUUAUUUAUUAAAAUUAUUGCCUGCUCUUCACUAGAGAGGUCCCAGGGAAGGUUAGAACAAUUUAAAAUUCAGAAUAAAAAUAGAUAAAAAUCACAAUAAUAUGAUAAGUUCUGAAAAUGCACACCUCUGGCGUCAAAAGUCAAAACCGUUUAUCUGCACUUCUCCCUUUUAUUUUCCUUUUGUUACAUCAAGAUGCCUGCUGUGAUUAGUUUGAUCAGCACAUCUCUGUUCUGUGUUUUGCUCUGGUUUAUGUAGAGUUCCUUGUCAUUCUCUGCAGUCCAACUUAUGUAGGUGCAAACUAUGUUAACCAAUAGGGGAAAGCUGAACAAGACUAUACAGGCAAAGAAGGCAGGGCCGGCCCACCUAUGAGAUGUGCUGAGGCAGCCACCUCAGGUGGCAGAAUCCCAGGAGGCAGUGUCCCCAUGACUGUUGGAAAAGUGGCAACUUCCAGCAAGAUCUCACCAAAAUCUUGAGACAUCUUGUGCCCUUCACUUUGUGGGCACUGCUGUGUGACCCAACUGAAGGAGGCCUUGGACUCAGGUGGCAAAACAGGAUGGGAUGCCUCUGGAAGUAGGCAGCAUCUCUAGCCUCUCUUAUACCAGGGCAGGGCCAUUCUGCCCAAAGCUGGACUGUAUGCUUUUCAUUUUUCCUUGUGUCUGUUCCUGCAGGAGAUUGUGGGUGCCUUGGUAACUCAUGCAUGUGGUGGCAAUAAUAUUGCAGUUGAUGUCUCUCUGGAUAUGCUCAUUGACCUAGUGUCUCUUCACACUUCAUCCAUAGUUCCUUAUGCAGUCUUUCUGAAGGCAAGUAUGAUACAAAGCUAGGAGCUCUCACUUUGGUACUAACAGCUUAACAACUAACCAUUCUUCUUUGGAAGAGUCUGAGCAGUCGGCUGGUGCUUGAUGGUCCACCACAGUUUGGUUAAUGGUCCACCUUUUGUGGCCCUUUACUCAGAGGAAGUCAGUCCAGGUGUUAACAGUAUACUUUUUGCUGUACUGCACAUUCUGUUAUUAGAAUUUAUCAUGAAGAUAUGGAGUACUUGGCCUGACUCCGAUCUCUCCUUUUCAGAGCAUUUUAGAUUAUAUGGAUAAUCUAAGUCCACAACAAAUCCGGAAGCUAUUCCAGAUUCUUAGCAUGCUGGCAUUCAGCCAGGGGCACAAAAGCAAUCACAUUCAGGUGAGUAAAAACAUACUGAGUCCUGUAGAUCCUGAUGGUUAUGCACUGUAUUGACCUGGCUAUAAGCCACACCUGCAAAUAAGCCACACCUUUAAAAUUCAAGGUUUAUUUGCUGGUGCGGCCUGCCUCCCAGCACUAAUGCCCUGAACAGGGGGCGGCGGGUGCUCAGCACCCCACUCCCCAAGCCGGUGCUGGCACUCGGCUCCAAAUAUAAGCCGCACUUUAACUUCUCAGAGUCGGAAUUUGGAAAAAAGUGCAGCUUAUAUUUGGGGCAAUACAGUACUACCUCCAAGAUGGAAUUCCUUUGAGUACCAGUUGCUGAAGAGCACAAGUGGGGAGCAUUGCUAUUGCACUCAUGUCCUGAUUCUGGGCUCCCAUACGCAUCUAGUUCGCCACUGUGAGAACAGGAUGAUGGACUAAAUGGGCUUUUGGUCUGAUCCAGCGGGGAUGUUCUUAUGACCUAAUUGCAAAUAUCUAGAUGCCAUUGUGUGUGUGUGUGUGUGUGUGUGUGUGUGUGUGUGUUAACAGUGAAUGGUCAAAAUUUGCUGAACGUUGCUGAUACCUGCUACCUUAGAGAGAAAACAUUUAUCCACUUCUCAGACUUACUCCACUGAAUUCCAGCACAUGUACUACUUCUACCCUUUCAGGUGUUAGAGAUUUCACGCAUAAUUCAGUGGCAUGAGAUUUACUGUGACUGCAUCUGGAUGAGGCGUUGUUAUUUCUGACAUUCUGGUUCCUCUCUUUCCAUGCAGGAUGACAUGCAUAUGGUGAUCAGGAAGCAACUCUCCAGCACUAUUCCAAAGUAUAAGCGCAUUGGUAUUAUUGGUGCAGUUACCAUGGUGGGAAGCAUGGCAGCAAAGAGGUGAGGAAAUGGAGAAGAAUUUGCACACUGUCGUUUAACUCUUUUCUAUAUACAGAUGGCAACCGAGGGUGUCUCUUGAAAACCGCACCAUGAAAAUCCCAAGAGAAUAUAGCAAUUUUCAAAAACCAAUUUCCAAAUAUAUACCGUAUUUUUUGCACCAUAGGACGCACCGGACAAUAGGACACACUUUGUUUUAGAGGGGGGGAGAACAAGAAAAAAUAAAUUCUCCCCCUCUCUGCCCAGCGCCCCUUCAGCGAAGUGGCAGGAGGCGCUGUGCAGAGAGGGGGAGAACUUUCCCCCUCUUGUUUUCCCGCUCUAAAACAAGGUGCCGUUUAAGGUGCAUUCAGGCGGCUACCUUGGAAGCCUGGAGAGCGAGAGGAGUCCGUGUGCACUGACCCCUCUCGCUCUCCAGGCUUCAGGUUCCUUUCGACCUGCUCUUUGGGGCUGGCGGGGGGAAGCCCACCACCAGCCCCAAAGAGCAGGUCAGGGAGCAGCGGAGAGGCUCCUGCCAUAGCCGUGCGUCAUCUCUCCAGCCGGGAGAGGGUUGCGGGGCUAUGGCUUCUUUAGCCCCGCGCGCGCUAUCCCGGCUGGAGAGGUGACGCGCGGCUAUGGCAGGAGCCUCAACAGCCGCGUCACCUCUCCAGCCGGGAGAGGGUCGCGGGUGCUGCUUUAGCCCCACGCGCGUCUCCCGGCUGGAGAGGUGACACGGGGCUUUAGAGGCUCCUGCCAUAGCUGCGCGUCACCUCUCCAGCCGGGAGAGGGUCGCGGGGCUAUGGCGUCUUCGCUCCAUAGGACGCACACACAUUUUCCCUUCAUUUUUGAAGGGAAAAAAGUGUGUCCUAUAGAGCGAAAAAUACGGUAGGUUGCCCAAAAGAGCUCCAUUAAGGCUGAUGCCAACAGUAUGCCUUAGAACAGGGGCUUCCAAACUGUCGUCCAUGGGCAAACUUCAUUCAGGUGGAUUUGUGGCUGAAGACAGGAGGCAGCUUAUCCAUUGUGUUAAAUAUGGUGAUUUUUAAUUGUAUUUUUAUUUAUUCAUUUAUUUCUUGUAUUCUACUAUAUUACAGUUUGAAGUCUCUGGAAUUCAGAUUGUUAUACAAUAAAAUACAAUUAUAUAAGAACUGAAGGACUCAAUAAAAAUACAGUUUAAAAUUGUACAGCGUCUAGCACAGUACAUUACAGUUGCUACAAUGAGCAGAAAAAAAUCAUUAAUUGGUCCACCAGGACCCUCAGCAAUUUUUAAGUGGUCUAUGGGGAAAAAGAGAGCAGAGCCUUAGAAAAAGCGAGCAGCAGGAUUUCUGUGUUCCCUGUGUACACACAGCGUAUACCAAUAGUGCAAGAGAGAUGAGGGGCACACCGCUUUUCAAAUGUCUGCCAAAAUGUUGUAGAGCCUAAUGAUCUGCAAUACAUUUGCAUAUGAUUUAUUGAUGCCUUGUUAAAGGUGAGGUAGAAUUCUGCGUUCCUGGGCUUUUGAAAUGAAUGCUAUCAAAAUGCAUUCUGCAAAUUAGGAAGGGACCCCUCCAUGGUAUUGUUUUAAUUCUGUGAUAUGAAGUGAUCGAAAACACAACAGAAGCUAUAAAAUAAAAUAAUAGUGUUCUUGUGAAGAGACACAAUUCUUACUGGAUUUCAGUUUUCAGUUCAUUAGGCAAUAGUAUUUGGGGUUCGUUUGUUUUAGAGAGUAAGCCUUCAGAGGAUAUGUGAGCAUUUAUGGCAUUUGAAGCCACCUCCCUACCCAUAUGGGACUGUGACAGUUAUAUCAUUGUGAUGAUUAAUUGGACAGUGAAUGAUGAUCAAUGAGAUGUAAAGAAUGUAAUGAAUUUAUGGUCUUUGAAGCAGCCUUAGUUCCAUUUCUGUGGCUCAGAAAUGUAUAUGCGAGUGCCCAACUACAUCUGUUAAAAAUAAUUACUCUAAAAUAUAAUUUCAGGAGUAAAGAAAAUGGACAGCUCUUGGAACGGGCACAGCUGAGCAAGGAGCAAUGUAGACAGGCAAGUAUUUGAAUAUUUGCAGGACCCCUCUGGGAAUAGGUAGUAUGUGGGGAAGAGAUGUGUUUUUUGAAAAAUUGCAGCAGAACUGAAUGGGAAGGAUCAGUCAGUGUAAAGCUUGGGGAGAUAUUCAGACCAACAUGAUGCUUGCUUAUUUAUUAACUUAGAAUUUAAACUGACCGGAAUCCCCCCCAAUUUUAACAUGGGGGGGAAGUCGUUAGAAAGUUUCUGCUUUUCAUUUUAAACUAUCUCCUCCUUUUAUGCACUAAAGAGGAGAUGCGAGGAGAGAAUAUUCAAGCCCAAGGCUUGUCAGAGCCUUUGCUCAUAAUGCUAGAAACCAUGGUUUAGUAUUAUGUGAGGUGAGGCCAGGUAAAGAGGUUAGAAAAAUAAACCUGGAAGAAUUAAUCUGAGAAUGGAUGAGUGGGAGUUAUGGGAGAAGCAGGAUGUCAAUGUCAGUAAGACAAGGUGUCAGUGUAGAUUUGUGCACACAGAAUGCGUUUCAGAGAUAGGUGUCAGAUAUUACUUAACAUUUGGCUGCUGGUGUUCUUUAUAAUGUUCACAGGGGAAUGUGCACAGGCUGCCUGCACUUGUGGAACCAUCACAAGUUGCCUGUACAAAUUAUCCUAUCACAAUUAUGAGAAGAGCCGUCGACCAAAUGCCAGAGUGACAUUCAUUUGGCUAAUGACAUUUCUUGUAACCUCUAAAGCCACUUGGGGGUUUGUGGGCUAUGUGCGAACAUUGGAAAGCUGAAACCAUAUCAUCCUCCAGUAACUACUCUGCUUCUUCUUUUUCUACAGAUUAUAUCUUUACUAGAGCUGGUUUGCUCCUGCUGUGGACAGGUCCCCCAGGCCUUGGCUCUCUAUUACGAUGAACUUGCCAACUUGAUUCAAAAAGGGAAUUUGGAUUCUCAGAUCCUAGUAGGUCAUAGAGCUAUUGGUCUGCAUCCAUUCAGUUACAGACAUUGUAUAACCGUAGCUGGGAUAAUAUUAGCUGAAACAGUAGUCUGGUAAAUCAUGGUAAACCGUAAUCUGAAGCAAUUGUGCUCGUGCACAUUGCUCCAGUUGUUCCUACUGCUCCCUUUACCAAGCUGAGAGGAAAGCAACCACAACGCUAGCUUAGCAUCACAUGCAAACCAUUGUUCAUGUUUGUUUCUCUCUCUAUAAGCCAUGAGUUGAAGGUUUGUUUUCUACUUCAUGCUCUUGAUUUAUAUGGAAGAAACAAACCAUGAGCGCUGGUUCACACGUAACACUCCACCAGCACUGUGGUUGGUUUUCACCUGGCUUUUGGCAACGGAAGAAGCAGGGUGGAUGCAAUUUGAAUAACAUGCACCAGCAUGCUGGAUGUUUGUGGUAAGCAAACAUGUUUCUGACUUCUUGUUUCUGACUUCUUCUGACUUCUACACCCUAAAAUCUUUUUUCCUCUACACCUCUACACCUUUUUUCCUCAAAGAAAGUUUUAACUUACUGCUUUACUAAAUCCUUAAAUAAAAUAAUAUCUUGUUUUUGGAGGGAAAAUAAGGUUUUGGCACCACACCUAAGUGCCAUACAACUUGAACCAGUAUUGGGAGUAGAUUAGGCUAAUUAAAGUCUAGGAGGUUAAAGGGGUUCUCAGUGGAAGCAGUCAGAGGAAAAGUAAAACUAUCCACUUGAUGGUAGUGCGGGAUAAAUGAGGAGUUGCUUUAACUAGUUUGCAUGCUUCACUUCCUCCUUUAACCUGCACCGUCACCCUUCUUCAACAUAAUUCUUUAAAAUGAGUUUUCCUUGUGGAACUGUCAUUCUUUCAGGAGUGGAUUGAGAACAGUGUGGAGAAGGACUUUGAGAGAGAUUUUGUGACAGAUCUUCUCCCUAUAGAGGACAGGUAUUUCAGGAAAAAAACACCAUUCACACCUUCAGUACAAAAAAUUCAAUUAGUUAUUGUAGCAUUGGCCAUCAAUUGAUAUCUGAUUUCUCUGCAGUGCUUUCCUGCUCCCAGUGAAGUCCCUGUAUAGCUUGGAAGAUGACAAAAGUGAGGGAAUAAUUGCUAUUAACUUGUUGCCUCUGCUGUCCCAGAGCUAUUUGAGCAAGAAUGUAGAUGAAGUAGCAGCUAAGAGCCAUGACAAAAGGUCAGUGGUGCUUCUCUGUUCUUAUUGAGAUUAAUAGAUAACAGCCUUGGGCAAGGCAGAAUGUGACUGCUAACGCAUACUUUUUAAAAUUUAAAUGGAAUCAUGGAAAUAUGUUGUUCCUUCAGAAAGAACUAGUCAGGAUGGUUAUGAAGAAAACACGCAGACAUUUCUGAUAAAUGUAAAAAGAAAGGGAAAGAGCAGCAGACUCACAGUAUUCCUUUUCAAAACACGUCUCAUUGCCUUGCCACAGCUCAUGGUCCCUAUCUCUCCAGUUUGCUUAGUAGUGCAUCUGCGUCUCCCAAUUAUCCCAACUUUUUUCCCUAGUCCUUGCAUAUGGGAAGAAAGAUUCCAGUUUCAUGAGAGGAGGCAAUUUAUGCAACAAGAAAGAUGCAGGCAAAUUUAAAUAUACUUUUAAUAAUUUGCCAAGUUUUACAUGGUCAGAAGAAUGUAGUAAGAACACAUAAAGCUGCCUUAGGCAAAGUCCAAACUAUUUAUUCACCUAGCAUAGUAUUGUCUGGGGUUGGGGUGGCUAACCUGUGCCCCCCCCAUACAUAAACACAAUGAAUAUGCCUAUUAAAGAGAUCCCCCAAGGAAACUACUGUUGGUUUUUUAAAGUAUUAAGUGGUGUGAGAUAAUUUGGUGGUCAUUUAUUGGUCCUGUAUAGGUUUAGACCAGGGCAGCCAACAUAGUUGUUGGACUCCAGUUCGUAUCAUCCCAGACCGUUGGUCAUGCUGGGUGGAGCUGAUGAGAGCUGGAGUCCAUCAAUGUCUGGAAAGGCUGCAAGUUAGCUACUCCUGAUCUAGGGCUUCAGACUGGUCUUUCCAAGCCAUGUCUGGAGAUACUGAAGACUGGACUAGGACAUUUUUCGUUUCUUCUCUCCUUUCUCUCCCCAGGGUUCUGUCUCCUCUGUGUUUGUCACCAUUCUUCCGGCUGCUGAGACUCUGCAUGGCAGAACUGAAUCAAGGGAGCUUAGAUGAUGUUGAUGCCCUAUUAGGUACAGGUUAUGGACAGUUAUCUCUGUGAAUGAAUGGCAUUUAUUGCUUUAGUCCAUGGACUACAGCAGAAGAUAGUUGGCUCUGCCUGACCUAAUCUGUCCUGUAAUGUCUUUGAGGGCUUGGGAUGUUCAGAGCUGGGCUGUGAGCAAAACAUCUUAUCUUCUAAUUUGUUGUCUCUUAAGUUAUACUAUUCAUUCCCCCAUAAUAGACAAUUACUAGGAAUCACUGGUCAUGUGCCAUUUACCUCUCAGGCCAGCUGAACUUAGUUCUGUGUUACUCUGGGAAGGAUAAGGUGCUAGCUACCAUAUACAAAUGCAACAGCUAAGAGGGAUGGAUUGUGAAGGUGGCAGUGGGUGGGUGCUUUGGUUAUGUUGAACUUAAGUUAACUUGAGCCCUGGGGUUUUGCCAUGUUUGUUACAGGGUGUCCUUUGUAUCUGACCAACUUGGAGGUGGUAGGAAAGUUAGAUUCCUUAUCGAAGCAAGAGCGUGAAUUCCUCUGUUCUCUUCUAUUUCAUGCCCUCAACUGGUUCCGUGAGGUGAGCAGUACUAUGCAAGAAAUAGAUAAUUUCCUACUCCUUCAAAUCCUGGCUAAUAGGCCAGAUGUCUGUCUGAUAUGACAAGUACCAUCUCCCCAAAAACAUAAAGGGAAGCUUUCCUAAACUGGGUUCUGUGUGUGUCUAAAUGGAUUCAUAUUUUCAUGACAUAAAUAUUAUUUUUGUGUUUGGGAGUGAAGAAGUGUGUGGCUUCCUGACUGGUACAUGUAAUAAAACACAUGCCUUCAGAAGUACACACUUUUUAUAAUACAGAUAUUAAUAUUUGUAACUGGAAAAAUAAGUGUACAAAGGAGCCUCCAGGAUUCUUUUUUUAAAAAAAUGUUUUGUUUGUCACAUUACUUUUGUAAAGAGUGUCUGCCCCAAGAUGUCAGAGCACUGUCUCAUGCAGUAUAGUACAGCAAUUUCAAAAAACAUAUCUGCAUCAUUAAAGCUGUGGGUUCCUGGUCAAGGGGAUGAGAUUUGCAGAUGCACUUCACCGUGUUGUUUGGCUGACAUUUUAUGGUCCAAGUCAGCAACUUAUUUUUAACAGGUGAUAUAUUUGGAAUUGGACAAAGGCUGAGGACACAAUCCUUAUUGUGGAGUGCAUUAAGAUGUCUCUCCAGUGUGCUCUGGAAGUAUCAGAUUCGAUAAAAGGUUUAGCAGCCAUCCUAGAUUAGCAGAGGUAGCUAGGAAAGAAGAUGUCCCUUUCUCGGUUUCACAAUUUCGCUUUGCCUUUCAAGGUGGUGAAUGCCUUCUGUCAACAAGAUGACCCCGAGAUAAAGGGGAAAGUUUUGACUCGGUUACAGAACAUUACGGAGCUACAGUGUCUGCUGGAAAAAUGCUUGGCAGGUGAGCAAGAACAAAAUGCAGGGUUAAAGGGCAUGGGGGAAAGAGAAUAUCCAGUAUCUGCAUAUGUCUACAAGUAGAUGGGCUGGCAAACAGGUUGACUGUGGUUUUCCUGUAGGUGUAGGAUUGCUGCACAGAGCUACCUGUGUAUUUCUCAUUGUCACAUGGAAAUACAAUUCAUGUAGAAACUUUGUAAUGUAUGAAGGCUGCCUUAAUGUAGUCAACAUAAUUGCUUCCCCUUUUGUUUCUCAGCAAGCCCUGGAUAUGUUCCCCCUCUUGCAAAUUUUGAUUCUGAAACCUCAGAAGGAGUACCUGUUAUCAAUACCAUUGGUGCCACCAAAAAGAAGAGCAAAGGUAACAUAUGCUAAACUUUAUUUUUAAAAUAAAAAUUCAUGGAAGGAUAUAAUUGAGACUAUAAACUUUUUUUGCAAAUAAGUCCAGGAAUGCAGAAGAGGUUAUGCAAUAAAAAGACUGUAUAGCACAGCACCUCAAGCUUAAAGUAUAAUUGUGCCUUUGUUCAGUGAAGGAUUCUGUAUAUCAUGGCCUGUAUACCAUGGUGCUGCAGGAGUAUCAGAAGGGCUGGGUCGACCGGGAGGCUGCCAGGCCUCCACACUGAGAAGGGCUCCCCUCUUCCAGGCUUACCCAGUUCUCCGUCUCUAUAGCUACUCCUUCUUGUGAGUAGUAGUACGGCAGCAGUCACUGCUGCGCUAGUGGCAUUCCUUUGGAGAGUGAAGAUAGGGAGAAAGGUGUUAGCAUGAAGGUAUUGAUUGUUCUCCAUGUCUGAGGGGCAGCCUUUGUUUGGAAGGCGCCCAGUGUUUGUGGAGUGUGUUCCUCAAGUGCAUAGCGCCUUUCUCCAAGUGCCCCCAGCCCCUCUCCUGAAUGCAAAGUCCAUAUGCAGGGAGCCUGUGAGGCAGCAUACCACACACCACAGAUGUCAAGAAGUGAAGUGAGCUGUGCUUGGGGCAUGCACAGUUUGAAUCCUGCAGGUACAACCAUGGGAUUGAACUGGAGAUCCACUGGGUCCAGAAGUCCCAUUUGGAGUGGCCUCAGUUGGGCACCAGGUGCUGCUGGGCCCAAUUACUUGAGGAUCAGGUCUUCUUCGUUGACUUCUGUGGUGUUGUUUUCACUAGGCCAUCCUUUUUGCUAGCUUAACUCACGCAGGGCUCCUAUGGUCACAUGACUGAUCAGACGGGGCUUGGGAUGCACAUUAUGUCCCCCCUCCCUCCUGUCCUGGAACGCCCCUUAUUCUGGGCUUGCACCAGCUUUGGCUGCUGCAGGAGUUUGCAUAGCUCCAUCUGAGCCAAGGGUGGGGACUUAGCUGUGUCAGGAACUUGCCAGCUUAGCUGGGGAUCUGCUGCAUCCGAAGAUGCUCAUCCCAACAGAUCUUGCCCCCUUUCCUUCUAUUUGUGAAAUGCUCCCUUGUUUUUCAGGGCAAAAAACCCCCAAAUCUGAUAAUGGCAAAAACGGUUCUGCAGACAACUCACAACUGGAUGAGAACACAGAAGCAAAUCAGCCUGAAGCUGAGAUCAGCCAGCCAGAGAAGGUUCUAUAUAGCCCAAGUUAUUUUGAGGAGUAUACAAAAGGAAACUAAAAAGAGCAGACUGGGGUGCUGUGGAUUUUUUUCUAGAAAUCUGAGCUUUAUUCUCUCCCUGAUUAUGAACAUCCUCUCAUGAAAAAUCUGAUAAACCACAUGAUAAAAAAGCAGCAUUGGUGCAAGCAUGCCAGGGUAAUUGGUAUCCACUCAGUGGCUUAAGGGGUUGGGGCCAGCAAAAAUGCAUUUCAGAUUCUUAGGGUGCCUUGGAUUUUUCAAGUCUUAAAUCAGUGUACCCAUGAUUUGUUAUUUUUCCUUCUGGAUGUGUAGUACACACUGGCAGCAUAUACAAAUACAUGCCCCCUUAGUGAAAAUCUAAGACCAGACAUUAAGGAAGAAGCACCAUAAUCUGAAUGUGCAGUCUUCCCAUUCUGUGAUGCUCUUCCAAUUCUAUUGUCCUAUAGCUGUUUUUAAGCACAGACUUGGAUGGCUAUCUACCUGUCAGGGAUUCUAUAGCAGCAGCAUUUCUUGCAUCAGCAGAGGGUUGGGCAAAGAUACCUUUGAGAUGCCUUACAUUUCUAUGAUUCUAUACAGUGGUGCCUCGCAAGACGAAAUUAAUCCGUUCCGCGAGAGUCUUCGUCUAGCAGUUUUUUCGUCUUGCGAAGCAACCCUAUUAGCGGCUUAACGGAUUAGCGCUAUUAGCGGUUUAGCGGCUAUUAAAGGCUUAAAGGCUUAGCGGAUUAGCUGCUAAAAGGCUAUUAAAGGCUAUUAAAGGCUUAGCAGAUUAGAUAAAGGGGGGGAAAGCGAAAAAAAAAUCUCAAGACUUGCAAGACAUUUUCGUCUUGCGAAGCAAGCCCAUAGGGAAAUUCGUCCUGUGAAGCAACUCAAAAACGGAAAACCCUUUCGUCUAGCGGGUUUUCCGUCUUGCGAGGCAUUCGUCUUGCGGGGCACCACUGUACUGUUGAAAGGGGAAUUUGCACAGUCUGUAUCUGUAUAUGCCACCUGUGUAUUUCAUCUUAUCAAAUGCCAUUGAGAACCAAUGCUGGCCAAAUGCAGUGUUACUUUUGCAGUUGACUGGCACUCAGUCAGUUCCCAGAGAUGUGUCCUGUGCAAAGAGAUAUGUUCUUGUUCUUCUUUUGUUUUCAGGACUCCACAGAAAAAGAACCAGAGACUCCUUUGGUACCACUGCAGAGUUAUAGUGCGUAUUUCCGUGAACUAGACUUAGAGGUUUUUAGCAUUAUUCACAGUGGCCUGCUGACCAAAUCUGCUCUGGAUACGGAGAUGCACACAAAGGCACGUAAAUUUAAAGAACCAUGACACAAACUUCAGUGUACUUACUCUCACCUGUUGUGGUGAUAAUACACAGCAGCAACACACACACUUGUCCCAUCCUACUCUGAUAUCUCCUGAACUAGCAUUUUUAUGCAGUGCUAUAUUUAAAUGCCUGAAGGUCCUAGAAUACUUCAUUUAUAGGCCCCAUAGGAGCAUUUGGCUUAAUUGUGUCAUAUUCUUCCCUUAACUUUUUAGACCCAUGAAGUGGUGCAGAUUGGGCCAACACAGCUUCUGUUCCUUUUGGACGAUCUGAGUCGUAAGUUGGAACACAUGCUGAUUCCAGCUGCUGCAAAGAGAGCCCCCUUUUUUAAGGUACGUACAAAAGAGAUAGCAAGAAGGCAAUGUGUUUCUUAUGUCAGGGACGAAAUGCAGCUCCCCAGGCCUCUCUAGCCUGCAGGACUCUCCCCAGGGCAUACAUCCUCCCGAAACCACAGUUGUCAUCAGCUCUGCUUUACAACCUACUUGAGGGUUUUUUUCCCAGUUGAAAUGUGUCCUUGAAUUCUGAUAGUGCUUCUUGCUUGCCUGGGUGGAGGGCAGAGAGGGAUGUGGUGAGUGUGUAGAAAUUAGCCUAAGUAACACACUCUCUUUGUCCCUUGUGAAUUCUGAUUCACUCUUGUAUACUUCCUGGUUUGAUCAAAUCUUAGUUUGCUGUUAAACCUGAUUUAGUAAACCAUGAUUUGAUCAAAGUAGGAAGCUGGGGAGGGAAGACGAGCGGGGAGGGAGGAAGUCCAAGCCACAUUUUUCCAGGUUUGUGCUCUUCAAAAGGUGACCAAGUUAUGUGCCCAGCUUUACGCUGGUACCAGCCAUGCACUUUAGUCUAUACUGGAGACAAUUUCAUGUUUGCUGAGCAUUCAUUGGUAAAAUCCCUUUCACCUAUACUAAGGUUUGAUCACUGCAUAAAACUUUAAAAACCUUGGAUUUUCUACAGGGAAAAGGAAAUAGAAAUGUUGGAUUCUCACAUCUUUGUCAAAGAUCAUCUCAAGAAGUGAUUGAAUAUGCUGUUGAACUCUUGAAGCCACUGUGUAACCACAUGGAAAAUAUGCACAACUACUUCCAGGUUAGAAAGUAAAUUGCUUAGACUACAUCAACAUACAAUGUGUGUUUUAUCAGGUAUGGGGUUUGUUUCCAUCAUGAGUGUUUUGUAAAGUAGGUGGAUCACAAUGUAAGCAAGCAAAUGGCAGCUUUUUACUUAAUAGUUUGUUCUUCAAUUAAGGCACUGAUUGCAGAGAACCAUGGUGUGAUCGAUGGGCCAAGGGUCAACAUUCAAGAACACCACCUCAUGUCAUCCUGUUACCAGCGAUUAUUGCAAGUCUUUCACCUUCUGUUUGCUUGGUGAGUGUGUGGAAGUGCAAAUAUGACAGUGAGGAUGAACCAUCACUCUUAUUUUAGGGCUCUUAUUUUUCUUCUUGGCUAGGACUCCCAUCAAACAAGCCAUUCUUAGCUAAGGUCAGGAAUGGGCUCCUGUGAAGCUCAUUGUCAUAUAGCCCUGACACAGUUACUUUGUCAGAUUAAGACAAGAAUGUAAGCAAAACUUUAGGGUGCUCAACUAUGUAAUCAGAGCUGAUAGUCCUCUGCUGUAGAAAUGAGUCCCAAGAUUUCUGACGACAUGUGGCUGGCAGUCUGUGCAUGAAAAGCAUACAGAGCUUGAAGAAUGCUUACAUUUCUCUUCCCCACACUAGGCAUUAUUGCAAAAGGUGAUUGAUGUCUUCUCUUUCCUCAGGAGUGGAUUUUCUCAACACGAAAACCAUAGCUUGCUGAAAUCUGGUCUUCGUGUCCUAGCACAUAGACUCAAGCCAGGGGAGAGAGAUCUCCCUCUUGAGGAGUUGCUCAGGUAAAAUAAAGAACAUGUCCCUCAUGGUGCACCCCUUAGUGUUUUUUUAGUCCCAUUCUGAAUAGACCACCUUUCCUCUUGUCAAAGUGCCUGAUCCUUCCCGAUAGUUUUUCAAAUGGAUCUAAAAGGUAAAGAUUCAGAAACAGGAUAUAGGAUCCAUCACUGGGCACGGGAAACUGAAUAUUAGAAUGUGUUUAUUAUGCCAAUAUAUCAGCAAUGUUGUUAAUAAUAAUAAUAAUAAUAAUAGUAAUAGUAAUAAUAAUAAUUUCUUUUUUGUAUCCUAUAGUCAGAGUUUUCAAUACUUACUGAACUUCCAGCACAGUAUUCCCAACAUUUACUGUGCACUGAGCCUCACUCAGCUUCUGCUUGUCAUUACUGAAAAAUCUGGGACUAGCCAGAAAAGCAAUGAAAUAGGUAAUGUGUACAGAGUUUCCUUGCAUUGCAUAGCUUUAAUUUGUAUAAAUUAUGUGUAGUUUUGAGAGUUUCAGCAAGCACAUUGAAGAAGGCAUGCUAUGCUUUCAAGAAAUAAAAUGUUGAAAUGAUUUAAUUUAUGGUUAGUGUUUCUUAACUAACCUAGAUGGAAAGUAGGAUUCCAAAGUGGAUGAUGCACACAAUGUUUGUACGUCUUAUUGGAAAUUCCCUGAAAACAGGGGGAGCUUUGUAUGUCACAACCCAACAGAGAUCAUUGAAAAAUAGUUGCAGGAUUAUGAGACUAUGUCUCCAAUGGGUGCAGAACCACAGGUGCUUGAGCCCACAGAUGUCACAAAUGGCAAGAAAUAAAAGUUGAUGCAAAAUCACAUGGUGUGUUCAACACAUGUUAUCUGCCUAGCUCAUGGAUAGCCAGUAUGGUGCCCCUAAAAUGUUGCUGGACUACAACUCUCAUCAUGCCAGACCGUUGGCUUUCUUGGCUGGCCUAAUGGGAGUUGGAGUUCAGCAACCUCAGGAUAGCCCCAUGCUGGCUACCUGACUGAGACACUGAAAGCAGAUCAACAGACUGUUGCAUGCCCUGCACAAUAAAAUAAAUCCAUGCAUUCUUCUUUUGUUCUUCUUCAACAGCUUCCAUCACUAAACAUUUUCUCUGCCAAUCAUGGCUGCAGCCCAGUGGAAUUCGUCAGAAGGGCACCCAGUUUAAUGAUGCUCUCCACACUUUGUUCUGGUAAGGAUGGCUUUAUGUUUGAGAUAUAAGCAUAAUGCUCUCUACUUUCAUUCCCACAAAAAGAUCAUGAUGUAGCAGCCAGUUUAUUUCAUUUGACAUUGAAAAUGCCUCAUUGGCAACUACUGAGAUUGUUUAAAAAUCACAAUUUCUAAUCAAAUUGCAUUUGUAAUUACACUACAUUUUUAUAAUUAUGAAUGUUGAUGAAAUAGGGAGGAAAACAUCUUUUAUGCUUUUCUAGUACAUCAAGCCAAAUGUAAUGUAAUGUAGUAUAAGCCUUAUAAGGCUUUCUGAUACCAUAUGGAAUUCUGGUAAUUUUUGUAAAAAAAAUUGUUCCACACAGUAUCUAUAUGGAGCACACAGAUAAUAUAUUGAAGGCGAUAGAAGACAUUUGCAGUGUUGGGAUUCCGCAGCUGAUUCAGUCUUCUAAGGAUGAAUACUCUUCCACUUACCCUACGUUGACCAGGUAAUGGGGACCUUGAGAUUUAUUUUUUCCAUUGAACAGUUCUCCAAAAAGAAGGAAUAUUGGAGAAACUUAUAUUAUGUAUACAGCAUAAAUAAUAUGUAAAUGCUUCAGAGAAUAAGAAUGCUCAGAAAGCUGUGUAUUAUUUCAAAAUGGUGUGACUUCAGCACAACUUUCUAUUUUCACCAGGCAAACUUUUCCAGUUUUCUUCCGAGUGAUGAUGGCUCAGCUUGAAAGCUCAGCGAAAAGCAUUUCUGCUGGAAAACCAUCAGAUUCCAGUGAGGUAGGGUGACAUAGGGUAUCUGAGAUUUCUAGCAGGAAGUCUGCAUGCCAUAGCUCUGGCAGAAUGUGUUAGAGCGUGUUUCAGCCUCACCAUGUACUUCAUUCCUGAAGCUCAGAGCUGAUUUUGCACAAGUACAAUAACUAAGUGGUAAAAUAGCACAUUUGUAAUCGAUUGUAAAUGUGCGCACACACAAACACUCCAUGGCAUUUAAGCACAAUUGGAUUGAAAGUACUUGCUGGAGGAGGAUCAAACCCUCACUUGCAUUGUUUAUUGUAGGGAACCUCAGUCAUAUAAAUGUGUUGUCUUUCAUAACUGACAGUGGCCUAAGUGAGAUGUAACACUAACCUGUGAUUUAGCAUUGUGUGAACAAGCCUAGGUGAACCUCAGACUUGCUCAUCACCACUGCCUCUCCCUCUCACCUCGAGGAACAUAUCUCCUGGCAGCAGCCAGAUGAUACCCAAAUAAACAUAUUUCUACUCUUGUUAUUCCACAGGUCCAGCUAGAGAAGUUGCUACACUGGAACCUGGCUGUCCGGGAUUUCCACAUCCUUGUUAAUUUAGUCAAGGUGAGCAGCCUUCACAUUAACAAGGAACAUGCAUUGCUGGAAUAUGACCGUGCAGGAUUCCUGUAUUCUUAUCCAUUUAGUCAAAACGAGUGCCUUUAUGUUUAACCUGGAGAAGAGUAAAAAAACAAAUGUGAUAACCAUCAUCAAACAUCUGAAGGGACUGCCAUGCAGAAACAGGGGGCUGUUCCAGAGUGCAGACUAGAAUGAAUGGGUGGAAAUUGCAGGGAAGCUGAUUUUGGCUAAACAUUAGGAGAAACUUCCUAACAGCAAUUUCUUACAAGAGCUUUUCAGCUGGAAUGAGCUGCCUCAGGACCUUGUACAGACUUUUACGUUCAUUGGGAAGGUGGGAGGAAUUGCUUUAACUAGCAUUCUGGCUUCUCAUCAUUCUUUCUGCUGGAUCCUUUACUCUUUCCAAACAGGUAUUUGACAGUAGGCCUGUGCUCAGUACUUGCCUGAAGGUAAGUUGAGGAUCUGAUGACAAUGGUGGCUCCCACAGGGGCUUACAAAUGCAUGAGAAGACAAUCCCUGCCUUCAAGCUCACACAAAAGAAAAGGGGGCUGGGAGAGAGCAGGGCGGGGGGAAGCAAGCUCAGGUGCUAUUUCUUAGUUACAGAGAUCUGCAGUGAACAGCAGGAAUUGAGGAAAAAAUGGAGAGCAUCCAAAAGUUGCUGGUCUCUCAGUGCCAAAAACAACCCAGGCAAUCUAGGACUUCCAAGAGCCUUCCACUCUGAUACUUCAAUUUGACUCUGCACCUGGCUAUAAUUGCAAGGCAGGGAGCACAGAACUUCAUUCAGUGAAAGGUGCUUAUUAUGUGAACUUGGAUGUAGGUAUGAGGGAGCACCAUGCUGAUACUUGAAAUUACUGGCACAUGUACCUUCUGCCCAAGUAUUCCUGCUACAGUAGAGAAACUUUGAAGCACAAAUACCUUUUGAUUACAUAGCUACAUUGCACUACAGGCAUCCUAUGAAACAGUUCCUGAGAUUGUUUGGGAGAAACUAUAGAAAUUAAAAUGAUGUAAAUUGGUGGCAGGGAUAUGCUUUAAUACUUCUUCCCUGAUUAAGCUGGAAAGGGAAAUAAACAAAUAUGCGAGGUUCCAUGCUCUGUGUUGUUAACUCGUGGCUUGUUCAAAUAGCAUCUCCUAAUUAUUGUAAGCAAUUACCACAUUUUCUGCCUUUUUGUCUUUGCUCCAUGUAGUAUGGGCGUCUUUUUGUGGAAACAUUCUUGAAGCUUGGCAUGCCCCUAUUGGACUGCAGCUUUAAAAAACACAGGGUAAGGUGUUGGAAACAGGGCUGUCUUCUGAUUAACACGGGAAUGGACUGAACAAUUUGUGGCUGCUCUUUCUAAGCAUGGAGUAUAGUGACUGUGCAAAUGAUACAAUGAAAAUGGGGGAGGAAAUGUUUGGUAUAACUGAGUUGAUCUGAGAACUGAACAGUGCUAAUAGUGAAACAACUUAUGUGCCUUAGUGACACUUCCUUGCAAACCUGCCAUGACCCAGAGCAUGGGAUAAUAGUAAGACAGUAACUCAGAUAAGGGCUGUUUCGUGUGUUACUUUUAAAUGUACAUCUCAAAGAGGUUUAGGGGACAUGUGGCAAAUAUGGGCAUCAUACAAGUACACUUGUCCAGGAACCAAGACUGUACACUUGGUAGCAAACCUGAGUUUGGUGUGAUGUAAUAUGCAAAGCCGUCCUAAUUGGUUCAGUAUACCCCAUUGAGUGAAAACAGAGCCUUGAGUUAGUGAUAAUGCAGUAUUCCAAGUAGCCCAAUAGGUGGCAGUUUUGAACAGGCUUGUAAAUGGUUUUCUUCCGCCUUCCAGGAGGAUGUGCAGAGUUUGCUGAAAACGUUGCAGCUGAGCACUAGACAACUUCACCACAUAUGUGGCCAUUCCAAGGUAAAGAAGGCUACAAAAAAAGGUGUUGGCUUCUAAUUUAGUACAAUCUGGUCAAUCUGCUUUAAGUUCUCUAUCAGAGUAUGCUCAGUCUUCCCAUUUCAGUGAUUAUUUGUAAUGAAUUGCAAAUCCAGUAAAAGGCUGGGAAUCUCCAGGUUGUACUCCAGCUAUUCUUGCUUUAUCCAUUCCUGUCCAUGCAUAAUAAGAAGGGUCCGGCUAACGUUUUUAUAAGCUAAUUGCUAUUAGCCUGUAAGUCUGACCUUUAUUAUUAUGGACAUAUCACAACCACAGGUAUAUUCUUCUGGAAGGCUAAAUUGUCAUCAUCUGUUUUGCUACUCCUGAUAUUGUUUUUUGUUGUUGUUUUGUUGUUGUUGUUGUAAAAUAGUAGUAGUAGUAGUAGUAAUAUAAUAUUCAACCCUGAUCAACUUAAGAAGGUUAUAUUUAUGGCAGCAGACCCUUUCCUGCUCCCCUAUGCCCCACUGCCAGUCCUGUUGCCUACAACUUGUUCCUUGAUCUUACACUUGCCCUUUUAGAGUUAGCAACUGGGAGAGAAGGUAGAAGACAAACUUCAGAAGAAAGAGCAAGUUUGUCGAAAGGCAACAAGCUACAAUAUCAAUAGCACUCUUAAGUUUAUAAUAUACAUUUUACAAUCUUUAUACUAUUUAGUUAUAACAACCAUAUUGAAGGUCGUUAUUUCCAUCAUAGCAGAGACAGGGAGAUAAAACCUUGCUGAAUGCCAUUCAGUGCAUUCAUAAAACAGGAUUUGAAGCCAGAUUUCCUAUAUCCCAAACCACCUGAACAAUCCUGAUUAAAUACAGAAAAAGAUGCAGAUAAGGAUUGUUAAUUUCCUUCUGUGCAUUUCUUCCAUGUGUAGAUUCAUCAAGACACAGGACUCACCAGCCAUGUGCCGCUACUGAAGAAAUCCCUUGAGCUGUUUGUUUACCGAGUGAAAGCAAUGCUGGCUCUCAAUCAUUGUCAGGAAGCUUUCUGGGUGGGCGUCCUCAAAAACAGGGAUCUGCAGGUGAGAAUAUAUAUGUGUACAGCACUACUUGGUUUCUUGUGAAUGGCUCAUUGACUGAGCUUGGUGGAAUUUGAAUGGACAUCAUUAUUCAAGUAUUAGCAGAGUAAAUAACAUUUAAAUACAUGGAAGAUCAUAACUUUUAUGUUAUCAGAUGUCUUUUUAGAAAGCUGAGUGAACACUAAGCAAGCUCUGUAUGGUGAAGAAAUGGUAAAGUUAAAAUUGUUGGAACUAGAUGAGCCAUGUGCAACUGCAACGUUAUAUUGAUCUGGGUUCCUCUUCUCUCAUCCAUGGUGCAGAUAGCGUCAUAGUGUCUAGUUGUUGCUAACUUGAAUGAUUUAUUUCGAUGGAGAUCAUCUGAAAGGGCCUCUGAACUCAAAGAAAUUAAUUUUCAGUACUGGCUUUUGGAAGCCAGUUUGCUGACAGUGUGAUUAUCCUCUUCAAUUGAAUGAUAUACGGGUAACAUUGACACACACAGUAUUUAAGUGAAAUAGAAUAAGAAAUAAGCCCUUUCUUAAAUUAAAAGUAUUUGUGCCGAGUCCUUCCAGUAGAAUGUUUGAAGCAGCUCAUAACACACCUUCAAAAUACAGGUAAGUAGCCGUGUUGGUCUGACGCAGUCGAAAUAAAUAAAAAAAUUGUCCAGAACAAACUUAGUUGGUCUCCAAGGUGCUACUGGACAAUUUAUUUAUUUUUUAUUUCUUCAAAAUACAGUCUGUGACAAAUGCAAGAACAGCUAAAAAGGGGCAGGGGCAGCAACCAAAAGAGCUUUAAAACCAAAUAGUCAUAUGCCAGGAGUCAAAUGCUUGUCUAAAACAAAAGGUCUUCACAGACUAGCAGAAAGCCAGUCAAGAGAGAGGAGAGUUCCAUUUUUGAGUGGCAUCAUAAGUUUAUUGUGUCCAUUUUAGGGAGAAGAGAUUCUUUCACAGGCAUCUCAAGCUAGCAAGAUGGAGGAGGAGAUUUCCAAGCUUCCUACAGAGGUAAUUGUCUAAAGCAUCUAUUGUGGUUGUUGUUGUUUUUAUGAUCAUUAUAUUCUGCAGUAGGGGAAGGGUCAAGAUUAUCAUUCUGUUUCUGGUACAGGAAAUGCACAAUGAUAAGAUGUCUUCACCGUUGUUGUAAUCUGAGCUGUGCCACUGUUGCUUCUUUCUCACUAACAUCUUUUGCACGAAAUGAGCUGCAGUCUGUAGGCUCGAGGGGGGGUAGGCUGACCAAUGGGCAUAAUCCGGUUAGCCUAAUGAGAUAAGAUUAAGAUGGAAAUGGCACUCUGAACCAUUCCUUUCUUGGACAUGGAAAGGCAGCAAUUUGCACAUUGGUGAAACCUACCCCUAACUUUACAUAUAUGCUAAUAAGGUUUAAACUGGUGGUGAGGGGCCAAGAAAUAUUUGGGGUUGUGGUGGCUAGCUCAAUGAAAAUGCUUAUAGAUAAUGUGCAUACAUCUGUAUCCCUUAAUCUUCACCGCUUGUGCAUCAGUGCCAUGAUUUUUUUUUCCCAGGAGGAGGAGGAGGAAGGGGAAGAUUCAGAGAAUGAAGAUGGGAUGGAUAUCAAAGACAGUGAUGAAGACAGCUCUGAUUAG